AUGCCCGAAAACGAGCGCAAUGAUGGGUACAGUCCGCAGUGUCUGGAAAAAGAAGCCGGCCAGAGUUCCGGGUGGUGCCCAUCGGACGACAAACACCUGGAAGAAGUAACUUGUUUCCUGGAGCCGGAGAGCGACGAUGUGGAAGCAAAUGCCAAUAUCUGCCCCACGUCGAAGAAAUCUCAAUUGGAUGGGCGCGAGCCCUUCGAUCCGAUCCUGUGGUCGUCGAGGAAGAAGUGGACACAUGUGCUUGUGGUAACCUUCAUAACCUGCGUCACACCGCUGGCAUCUGCAGUCUACACACCCGCCUUGGAUCAGGUGGUUGGAGACUUCAACAUCGAGGAUAACCUCACGCUGGCAAAUCUGACCGUCUCGGCCUACGUUCUCGGUUUCUCCGCCGGGCCGUUGCUGCUCGCUCCGCUGAGCGAGACUUUCGGCAAGAAACCGGUUUAUCAGGCUUGCAACGUGCUCCUGCUUCUAUGUAACCUGGCCUGCAUGGUCGCGCCGUCGGCCGAGUGGCUGAUCAUCUUCCGCUUCGUGGCUGGAUGCGCUGGGGCGAGCCCGAUUACCCAGGGCAUCGGGACAGCAACGGAUAUCAUGACCAAGGAAAAGCGCGCCCGUGCCAUGUCGGUGAUGGCGUUUGGAAGCGUCUGCAGCCCUUCGAUAGGAUCGGCUCUUGGGGGCGUUAUUGCUCAGGCCUGGGGAUGGAGAAGCUGCUUUGGAUUCCUAGUCCUCAUGUUCAUGUGCGAGACAUAUCUUCCCGUUCUUCGGCGAAAACAUGCCGUGUGGAGUGGCGUUGGUGAUGUCAAUGGCGAGAUCAGUGAUGAGAAGACCGUGGCUUUGAAGCAGCCCUUGAGCAGUUUGCUCUACAAGGCUGCGAUCCGCCCGUUCUCCCUAGUGUUUGAACCAAGCAUUCUGCCGGCUAUUGCGGUAACGUCGUUCUUCUAUGGCCUCCAGGUAUGGCUGUAUAUCGACGUUCCGAUGACAUACAAGGCGGUCUACUCCUUCACCACGACCCAGGCGGGGUUGGCCUUCGCGGGAAUGGGUGCAGGCAUGUUCGCUGGCCUAAUCAUCUUUGGUUUCCUCACCGACGUCAUUGCGAAGAGACUGGCGCGGAACGGAGAAAGGCUGCCUGAGCAUCGCCUCCCGUUGCUCAGCGGAGCGGCCAUCCUUGUCGUGAUCGGCCUGAUCAUCUACAAUGCGGCGGCUCGGCCCGAGGUAUCCUAUCUGUUGCCGUUGGUCGGUAAUUUCUUGAUCGGAAGUGGAUUGUUUGCCAUAACAAUGGCAUCUGCCGUGUACAUUACCGAUCUAUCGCCGCAACACGCUGUGUCAUCGAGUGCUUCGCUUGCUCUUCUCAGAUACCCUUCCGGCGCGCUAUUCCCGCUCAUGGAGCAUGCUUUCGAGUCAGCCACCAGCAACAGCAGCGCGAAAUGGCUCGUCACCGCAGCAGCGCUUAUGACAGUGCCGCUUGUGCUUUGGUUGCAGUAUAACUGCGAAAAGUUCCGGGAGAGACUUCGCGAUCUAUCGUGA